AUGGGGUACGAUUUCAAUCUCUCACAGUCUUUUGUGCACCGAACCACGAGUCACGAGUUCUACAUCAAGUGGACGCGCAUUGGCAACCCGGACGGCCCGGCGGUCGUCUUCAUCCACGGCACGCCAUGGAGCAGCGUAGUGUGGCACGAUGUGGCGGCCAGUCUUGCGUCGCGCUAUAGCAUUUAUCUGUACGAUCACGCGGGCUUUGGCAGCUCGCCGCGGCCCCGGCGACUGACGGCCGAGGCUGCAGGGGAAGAGGCGGAGGAGGAGCUGAAACAGAAACAGAAACAAGUCGAUCUCGACGGGUCGCUGAGGCUGCGUGCGGAGGCGAGUGCGGCGCUCUUCAAGCACUGGGCCCUAAAGCCGGCACACGUGGUGGCGCACGACAACGGCGGGCUGGUGGCGCUGCGACUGUUGCUGCAACACGAGGUCGAGUUCGCCAGCCUGUGCCUCGUCGACGUCGUGGCAUUGGGCGCGUCGGGCCUGCCAGUCUUCCAGCUCGUGGCCGACCAUGAGGCCGUGUUUGCGGCCAUCCCGCCGCAUCUGGUCGAUGGGCUGGUGCGGGGCUACAUCAAGAAUGCCACAUCCCAGCCCAUGUCUACGCAGCUCGAGGAUCUGCUGGCUGCGCCCUGGCGUGCCGGCGCCACUCAAGGUCCCGACCGCUUCUUGAAUGAACUGGUUCAGGCUCACCACCGCGACACGAGCGAUCUGGAGUCCGAGUAUCAUCGUGUGGGAUCCCGGGCGCCCACCAAGAUCGUCUGGGGCGCUGACGAUGCUUGGAUUCCCGUCGAAACUGCUCACAGGCUGCAAAGGACCCUCCACGCCGCCGAGGUGGUUGUCGUAGACGACGCUGGCCAUUUGAUCCAGUAUGAUCAGCCCAGCAGGCUUGCUGUCGAGCUGGCUCUGUGGCUUGAGGACAACAGCAACAAAUAA